AUGUUCCUUUUGAGGAGAGCUGUCGCGCUGCCACUUUCGCGGCCGAACUGCUGUCGGACAUUUUGUUCCACGCCAACUCUCCAAAUGGAAAGAAAAGGUUUGGUGCUCGGAGUGUUCGAGAAGAAGGGAGAAGAGAGCAGCCCAUGUUUGACGGAGGCAGCGGAGGCUUUUGACCGCAAAGUCUCCGGGAAGCUCUCCGAAUUCCUGAAAAUCUCUGGACCAUCUCUGAAGAAGGGAAAAAGCAGAGUGUUCUAUGGCGUCCACGAGGACUUCCCGUGCGUUGCGGUGGUGGGUCUGGACCAGGCGGGGGCGGGCGUGUGCCAGGCGGAGAACUGGGACCGGGCCAAGGAGAACGUCCGGCAGGCCGUAUCGGCCGGCUGCCGGGUCCUUCAGGAGCUGGAGGUCACCCACGUGGAGGUGGACGGCUGCGGCGACCCUCAGUCGGCGGCCGAGGGCGCCUUACUGGGGCUCUUUCACUACGACCGCCUCAAAUCCAAGAAAAAGACCAAAGUCACCGUGCGCCCUCAUGACAGCGGCGACGCGACGGCGUGGGAGAGAGGAGUGCAAUAUGCCGAAGGGCAAAACCUGGCCCGCCUCCUCAUGGAAGCCCCAGCCAAUCACAUCACUCCAAGCGCUUUUGCCCAGACCAUUGAAGAGAGGCUGUCCCAAUAUGGUGACCGGGUCGUCGUUAAAAAGAGAUCUCAGGCAUGGAUCGAGGAGCAAGGGAUGGGCGCCUUUCUCAGCGUGUCCAAAGGCUCCGAGGAGCCCCCUGUCUUCCUGGAGCUGCACUACAAGGGCUUGCCUGACAGCGCCCAAGCCCCGUUGCUUCUCGUCGGCAAGGGCAUCACCUUUGACAGUGGCGGCAUUUCUCUGAAGCCGUCGGCUUCCAUGGACAUGAUGCGAGCUGACAUGGGCGGCGCCGCCACCGUGUGCGCCGCCGUAGUGACGGCAGCGGCCCUGGAGCUACCUCUCAACAUCAUCGGCUUGGCUCCACUUUGCGAAAACAUGCCCAGCGGCAAGGCCACCAAGCCCGGGGACGUCGUCACGGCCAAGAACGGGAAAACCAUUCAGGUGGACAACACGGACGCGGAGGGAAGGCUGAUCCUCGCCGACGCGCUGUGUUACGCACACACCUUCGACCCUAGGGCUGUCGUCAACGUGGCUACGCUAACAGGCGCUAUGGACGUGGCGCUGGGUUCCGCGGCGACCGGAGUCUUCACCAACUCUGAUUGGCUGUGGGAGCAACUACAUAAGGCCAGCGUGGUGACAGGCGACCGCGUGUGGCGGAUGCCGCUCUUCCAGCACUAUACCAGUCAGGUGACGGACUCCCAGCUGGCCGACCUCAACAACAUCGGCAAGUACAGCAGGUCGGGCGGUGCUUGCACGGCGGCGGCGUUCCUCAGGGAAUUUGUCACCUGCCCUCACUGGGCUCACCUGGACAUCGCGGGAGUGAUGAGCAACAAGGACGAAAUCCCCUACUUGAAAAAGGGCAUGUCGGGAAGGCCCACGCGCACCCUGGUGGAGUUUGCCGCCGCCUUGGCGUACAACAAAUAA